AUGGGUGAGCAGCUGCCGGCGAAGCCCAUACUCACGCCCCAGUUUUGCCUCUCGACUACUACAUUGCGAGAGUUCCUGCGGCUAUCUCGAAGCACCCUCGACGACUCCAUCACGCAGAACCUCAACGCCCUCGUAACGCCUGCCGCCCGCGGCUUCGACCCCACCUCCACCUCCCAGCGAGCCUCGCGCCCACAGACGCGUGGACAGAUCGAACCCGGCUCCUGCCAGAACUUCAAGGAUAAGAUACUCUUCCCCACGUGGCAGGCCCGCUCCGACGUCUUGAGCUACUGCGCGCUGGUGGCUACAAGCCCGGACCCUGACGAUCCUGAGGCGGCAGUACGGGAGGCGGAACUGGAGAGGAACAGGGAGAGGGUCGUUAACGAGAGGCUUGACCCCUACUCGGCGCGCUACUUCCCACGCGAGCCCAGGACGACACAGCUGGCCUUGUUGCUGCGGCAGGAGCAAGGCGUGGAAACCAUUGUCAGGUCUAGGACGUGGGGCCUUGUUCGGGAGAGGUGUGGUGACUCGGCCGACAACUGGGAGAGGGCAAUUGCGGAUUGGAGGGCCAGGAACGGCGCAUAG